UUUUAUUUAUUUUAACAAUAAUACUUAUGUUGGUUUGUGAAAAAAUUGUGAAACAGCCGGUGUAUUGGGGAACAUCAUCAAUGGUAGACGCAGAGAAAAGACUAUUAGCCAACGCACUUCUCGACGAAUCCAACCAAAGAUUCGUCCUCCUGUCCGAUUCUUGCAUCCCACUCUACAAUUUCACAACCAUCUACGAUUACUUAACCGGCACCAAUCUCAGCUUCAUUGGCUCAUUCGACGACCCAAGAAAAUCCGGUAGAGGCCGUUACAACCACAAAAUGUAUCCACAAAUCAACAUCACACAUUGGAGAAAAGGAUCACAAUGGUUUGAAACAACUAGAGAACUUGCUCUUCAUAUUAUCGCAGACACGGUUUACUACAAUGUAUUCGAUGAACAUUGUAAACCGCCUUGUUACAUGGACGAGCAUUAUAUCCCAACUCUUGUUCACAUGUUGCAUGGAGAGAUGAGCGCUAACCGGACCUUGACGUGGGUUGAUUGGUCCAAAGCCGGUCCACAUCCUGGCCGGUUUAUUUGGCCAGAUAUAACCGAUGAGUUUCUUAACCGAAUCCGAUUUAGAGAGGAGUGUGUCUACUAUGGCCGUGGUGGAGAGAAUGUUACAACUUCCAAGUCCAAAAGUACCCAAUUUGAUCAAUUUAGGGAAAACAGAGGACUCUCUGAUGCUACGAUUAAGGUUCCUACUGCUCCAUGGAUGAAAGGUCCUCUCUUGCUUCGACCCAAUGAGAUUGUCGACACUGAGAAGAGGAACAAGCCACGGAAAGUUGAAGAGAAGACGUUUAAGGCGUUGAAUCGUAGAGAGAGUGGUGUUAGGGGAAAGAAAGCGAUGAAGAAAAUCGUGCGUAAUGUUGAAAAGCUUGAUGAAGGCAGUGAUUCUGAAGAAACCCAGAUGGAUGAUUUGAGCGAAUUCGAGUAUUUAGGUCGAAUUGCGGAGAAAAUUGAGUCCAAGGAUAGAUUUGGCGGGAAAAUGCCUUGGGAUAGAGAAGAAGAGAGGUUUAUAUUGAGGAGGAUGAAGAAGGAGAGAGUUCCGACUACGGCUGAGCUUAUCCUCGACGAAGGAUUGUUGAAUAGAUUGAGACGUGAAGCUUCGAAGAUGAGAAAAUGGGUGAAUGUGAGAAAAGCAGGUGUUACUGAGACAGUUGUGAAUGAGAUUAGAUUGAUCUGGAAGUUGAAGGAGCUUGCUAUGGUUAGAUUUGAUGUUCCUCUGUGUCGGAAUAUGGAACGAGCUCAAGAGAUUAUAGAGAUGAAGACUGGAGGCUUGGUUGUGUUAAGCAAGAAGGAAUUUCUUGUUGUUUAUCGAGGACCGAGUUAUUCAUCGGAGGAAACCCGUUCUGGACAAGAUGAGAUUAGCUCAUCAUCAUUGUAUGAGAGAGAAGCUGAUAGGUUAUUGGAUGGUUUGGGACCUCGAUAUAUGGAUUGGUGGAUGAGAAGACCGUUUCCUGUUGAUGCUGACUUGCUUCCUGAAGUGGUUAAUGGAUAUAGGACUCCAUCUAGACGUUGUCCACCAAACACUAGAGCUAAGUUAAGCGAUGAAGAGCUUACCUACUUGAGAAACAUUGCUCAAGCUUUACCGUUUCAUUUCGUCCUUGGGAGGAACCAUGGGCUUCAAGGUUUAGCUUCCGCUAUUGUGAAGCUAUGGGAGAAAUGUAUUAUUGCAAAGAUUGCAAUCAAAUGGGGAGCUCUUAAUACAAACAAUGAGGAAAUGGCAGAUGAACUGAAGGCAAAAUUUCUUUUUUCUUAUGGCCAAUUAGGCAAGGACUUCCUUUCUGAUGAAGUCGCAGAUUUGGUUGAUGACAGAGAGAGAUUACUCAGAGGUUACCAACAUUUUGAAGAAACUAAGCGUGAGAGCGAUAUAGAAAUCUUAGAGGUGGUAACAAAUGGUAAACAGUUGAAGGAAACAAGCAAAAGUGGAACUUUAUUGGAGUUUCAAGAACUUCAAAGAAAAUUCGGAGAAAAGGAGACGAGAAACCUAGAGACUGAAGCUGAGAAAGCAAGACUAGAGAAGGAGCUCAAAAGCCAAGAACACAAGCUUUCCAUUCUAAAAUCAAAGAUAGAGAAAUCAACAAUGGAGUUGUUUAAAUUGAAUACUUUGUGGAAACCAUCCGAGCGUGACGAUGACAUCGAGAUAUUUACUAAUGAAGAAAGAGAAUGCUUGAGAAGAAUAGGGCUGAAGAUGAGUAGCAGCUUAGUUCUUGGUAGAAGAGGAGUCUUUGUUGGUAUAAUGGAAGGUCUACAUCAGCAUUGGAAGCACAGGGAGGUAGCAAAAGUGAUCACGAUGCAGAAGAUUUUCUCCAGAGUUGUCUACACAGCGAAAUCACUUGAAGCAGAAAGCAAUGGAGUACUAAUCUCAAUCGAAAAACUUAAAGAAGGACAUGCGAUACUCAUAUACCGUGGCAAGAACUACAAACGGCCUUCAUCGAAACUGAUGGCACAGAAUCUUUUGACGAAAAGAAAAGCGUUACAAAGAUCUGUUGCGAUGCAGCGACUCGGCUCACUGAAGUUCUUUGCUUACCAGAGAGAGAGAGCAAUAGAAGAUUUGAAGGUGAGUUUGGUAAAUCUUCAAGACUCUGCUUCUGAGUUAAGUUGAUGCAAAAUGAUUUGCAGGGAAGAGCUUGAAAAAGUUUACCUACCAAGGCAACUUUAUUUACUUGACUGGAUCACAUAUUCUUUUUCUUUUACUGUGGUAUUUUUCUAUAAACUUUUUUGAAGUGUCGGAUUAUCAUGUGUAUAUAUCACGUAAUGUCACAUUCUGAAUAAAUAAUUUCAAAUAGU